AUGAGUCCCCAAUCGGAGGGAGGCCUGGGGGACAAUCACCACCAGGGUGGCCAGUAUAAGGCAUACGACCCAGAUAGAGACACGACUCCCGCAGACUAUGAACAUCAACUACAUCCAGCGGAUAACGGGCGAUACCAGUCUGAGAGAGACCUUCAGGAGACACUCCCGAGACCAAAUGGCACGUUAGAGCCGGACAAUAGGCUAGCUGCAUCCCCAUCUGGAAGCACGAAUAGAAGAGAGAGAGACAGAGAAGGCGGGCCAAAGCGAAGUGGAGAGCGAAACAGAUCGCGGACAAAACCCAACGGGAGAACUGGCUCUGGGCAGAUCAGAAUCUGCAAGAAGUGUAAUGAGGCUUUGACUGGCCAGUUUGUUCGUGCAUUGGAGGGGACAUUCCAUUUAGACUGUUUUAGAUGCCAGGACUGUGGUGAAAUAGUAGCGUCGAAAUUCUUCCCAGUUGAUGACGAGCAGAACGGAAGUCAAUACCCCCUAUGCGAGACUGAUUACUUUCGGCGGCUGGACUUGAUAUGCUACAAAUGUGACGGCGCUCUCCGUGGAUCCUACAUCACGGCUCUUGAUAGGAAGUACCAUAUCGACCAUUUCACCUGUUCAGCUUGUACGACAAUAUUCGGAGCCCAAGACAGUUACUACGAGCAUGCUGGGCAGGUAUACUGUCACUACCAUUAUUCAACACGUUUCGCUCAGAGGUGUAAUGGGUGCCAUACUGCGAUUCUGAAGCAGUUCGUCGAGAUCUUCAGGAAUGGUCAGAAUCAACAUUGGCACCCUGAGUGCUACAUGAUCCACAAAUUCUGGAACGUCAGACUGGCCCCCUCACAGGAUAAACUGCCCGCUCCUCAGGAGAAGCGUCCCUCUAUGGAAGAGAACCCUGAUCAGGAACAGGAAGAGCCUCAACCGGAGAUUGAGGAUACAACAGAUGAAGCAGGUCGGAACGCAGUUCGAGACAAAGAGGAGCAAAUGGAAGAGAAAGUGUACAAGAUUUGGAGCAACCUCUCGACCUUCGAAGAAUCUUCCGCUGCUUGCAUCUCCGACAUGCUCUUGCAUGUAAGCAAUGGCGCGUAUAUGGACGGUGUCAUGGUUGCCAAGAAGUUCAUAUGUCAUGUGGAUGUCCUGUUUCGCUCUGCAGAUAAGUUAGAUGAGACCAUGACCCAGGUCGGGCCCAAAGGUCUGUCUUACUCACGGGAGGCAAAGCUGCUCUGCAAGAAGAUCGUGGCCUUCUUCAACCUCCUCAAGCUCAGCCAAGAAGGUGGUGUCCGGAAACUUGGUGUUACUCAAGAGCUUCUGGCACUGGUCACUGGUCUGGCCCACUACCUGAAACUCCUGAUUCGGAUAUGUCUCCAAGGAUCUUUGAAAGUUGAACGAGAGCACGAGGCCUCGGAGUGCCUGCAGCAAUUCCUCGAUGACCUUGGCGACAUGGAAGCCAUCAGAAAUGACGACCGGUCUCUCGAGGCAGCCACAGGAACUUCAAACCUCGCAAGCUCGUUUCGCGACUUGUGUGCUGUUUGCAAGAAGAAUGUCGAAGACGAUUGUGCCCGUCUAGGAGAAUUGAGGUACCAUCUGGGUUGUCUGAAAUGCACCAAUUGCAAAGAAGACCUGGGCCACGAUCUAGAAGAUGUCACUUGGUGCGAACAUGACAAGCGAGUUUUCUGCGUCCCUUGCCAGAGCCUCGCUAGAGGUCCAGUCAGUGUGGGUUUCCAGCGUGUCACAAGACUGCAGCAGUUUACUUUCCUCCUGCGUGUCUCCCUGGCCAGACUCCUCGAGCAGCUGCGAACAGGCAGCACAGUACCUCGCAGCUCCGAUGAUCCGAAUUUGAACGCCUACGAUUCCUCCGCAGGACAUCGCUCAACUGGUAACAAGGAUAUACCGCUUCUCAGUUCGGAAAAUCGUUCAAGAUCCCACGGGGGCCCUUCGGAUGAGAAACGUGCAUCUUCUUCGUAUGAGAACACUCUCAAUGAUGUUCGACGACUGCGAAGUACACGGAUGGACAAGCACCUCUCGACGACAAUCAAGAAAGCAAGAACGUCUCGCAUAAUGGAAGGUCCGGAUGGUAGGACAGUGGCCGAUACUGAUGGAGCUGGCAGAAGAGAUCCAAACUCCCAAGGUAUGGAAGAGCGAGAUGGCGAUAGCAACCGGACCGAACUCAUGUACAGCGGUAGCAACGGCAUCACCCUGGAUGACAUCCCGAGGAUUGUUGCUGCUGAGCAGGCUAAGGAGCAGCGCCCGAAUGCGUACAAGCACGCCCGACAUGAGCUUUUCCGGACUUCGAUCACUGGGGAGCCCAAACUUCUUAGUACCCACCAGCGAAGUACUUCCGCUGGCCAUCCUCUCGAUCUCGCUGCAGCAGGAGACCCAUCCAUGCAAGGGCAACCAAGAAGAAGAUAUUUCUCGGAGCUUUCUGCCCUGGAGUAUUUCAUUAUUCGUCAUGUGGCAGUCAUCGCGAUGCAGCCUUUGCUAGAAGGUCACUUCACAAUGGAAGAGCUCCUGAAUCUGAUCGAAACUAGAAAGGCGACAUUCUGGACCAAGGUUGGCAAGGCUCUGAAGACCGACGCCAAGAAAGGUUCAAAGAAGAAGGGGGUGUUCGGCGUACCUCUCGAUGUCAUCAUCGACAGAGAUGGAGCGGAUUCGACCGAGGGCGUCGGUGCCACAGCGCUACGUAUUCCUGCUCUAGUCGAUGAUGCCGUUACAACGAUGCGCAAGAUGGAUCUGUCGGUGGAAGGUGUUUUCCGCAAGAACGGCAAUAUUAAGCGGCUAAACGACACUUCGGCAAUCAUCGACAAAGAUGGCUGUGAAGCAGUCGACUUCUCGAAGGAGAACGUCGUGCAGAUUGCGGCCCUGCUCAAGAAAUACCUCCGUGAGCUUCCAGAUCCGCUGCUCACCUUCAAGCUGCAUCGACUCUUCAUCACAUCUCAGAAGAUCACAGAUGAGGACAGGCGUAGACGAGUACUCCAUCUUACAUGCUGCUUGUUGCCAAAGGCACACAGAGACUGCCUGGAAGUUCUAUGUGCGUUCUUCAACUUUGCCGCAUCUUUCCAUCAGGUGGAUGAAGAGUCAGGUUCAAAGAUGGACACCCAUAACCUGGCCACCGUCAUCGCCCCUAACAUUCUCUACACAAACGCCAAGACGCCUGCUGAUGAUCAUUUUCUGGCUAUUGAAGUCGUCACUACGCUCAUCGAGUACAACGAGCAAAUGUGUGAAGUUCCUGAAGAUUUGCUGUCGAUUCUCAGUGACCAGACUCUGUUUAAUAAUCCCGGUGAUAUCACUACGAAGGAAAUCCUCAAGCGUUAUGGAGAUCUUGGCGCAAAUGGUGGACCACGGCACACUGUAGAGACUCAGUCCUCGCCUCUCGGCACAACCAAGGACGGCGGUGGAAGGGCAUUGGCACCUGUCGUGCACCGUGUCGAGGCUGAAUCUUCCCAGGCUCACGCUUACCAGAAGGAAAGCAGCGCCCGACACGUUCAAGAUCCUGCUGCACCAUAUGCCUCAAGUUCGAAUCAGAACACUCCACCCCAACAAUGGCAAGGCCCGGAUCUAGAGCACCCAUCCAUGUUUGUCCAACAACGCAGCGGUACGCCCGAUAGCCAGCACGGGCAACGCCGAGAGUACCGCACCUCACGGUGGGUUCCCCCUCCGAACGGCUCAGUUGGCGUCACUGGAGCUAGCUGA